AUGGAUCCUCUUCCUCUGCCCGAGCUUAAGCAAGAUUCAGUUUCCAACAUCAUGGGCAUUUUCCUCUCCACCGUGCUAUCUACGCACCUUUUUUCAAUCCCCCUGGAGCUACUUCCAUUUUCUACUCUUGUACUUGUAUUCAUGUCCAUCGAAGGUUUGUUUGUCUUCCACAAAUGGGAACCCAUUUUCCAUGUCCUAUUAUUAUUUUCCUUCCUUCUUCUAUUUGUCCUCGGAGUCGGACCCUUCGCCUUCAAGCCGCCGUCAGUCUAUCUUGUAGACUUCUCAUGUUUCAAACCGCCAAACUGUUGUAAAGUCCCUUUCUCUCACUUCACUGAACACGCCGCCAUGAUUGAAUCUUUUGACAGUGAAAGUGUAGAGUUCAUGGCCAAAAUACUCGCUUCUUCGGGACUGAGCGAGGACACAUACCUUCCUCCAGCCUUACACUGCAUUCCCCCGAAAACCCAUCAACGAGAGUACGUUAAAGAAGCCGAAAUGGUUCUCUUCCCUCUAAUGGAUGAUCUUUUAUCCAAAGCCAAACUCUCUCCUCGCGAUAUCGAUUUACUCAUCAUAAACUGUAGUGGCUUUUGCCCUUCACCGUCUCUCCCCUCCAUUAUCGUGAACAAAUACUCCAUGAGAAGUGAUGUGAAGAGCUAUAGCCUUUCUGGUAUGGGGUGCAGUGCAGGAGCUAUUGGCAUUGACUUGGCGCAAAAUCUUCUCAAAACUAACAGGAAUUCUAUUGCCAUUGUUCUUAGCACUGAAAUCUUGUCUGCCGGUUGGUAUUCGGGUCAUGAAAGGUCUAUGUUGCUCCUUAACUGCCUCUUCAGGAUGGGCAGCGCAGCAGUCUUGCUUACAAACAAAAAAGAAGCAAGUAAAUCAUCGAAAUACAGGCUUUUACGCACCCUGAGAACCCAAACAGCCUUUGAGGACAAAGCUUAUUUGACGGUAAUUCGUGAAGAAGAUACUAGUGGAAAACUUGGGGUUACCAUUAACAAAGAUUUGCUACAAGCUGCGGGAGAAAUUCUCAGGUCACACGUAACAAUCCUUGGUUCGCAAAUCUUGCCCUUCAAGGCAAAACUUAGGCAUGCAAUCUCUAUCAUACGAAUGAAAUUCAUUAAGAAAUCAGGGAAGGUUUACAUGCCAAGUUUUAAGACUGCGAUACAACAUUUUUGCUUGCCAACUUCCGGAAGGGCGGUCAUAAGAGAGAUAGCCAAAGGGUUAAAGCUUGAUGAGAGAGAUAUUGAAGCUGCUUUAAUGACACUGCAUAGGUUCGGGAACCAGUCUUCUUCUUCAAUGUGGUACGAGUUAGCUUACUUGGAGGCCAAGGAACGCGUGAAGGAAGGUGACAAGGUGUGGCUGCUUGGUAUGGGUACUGGACCAAAGUGUAACAGCUUCGGUUUGGAAUGUGUGAGGCCCAUAGUUGGGGAGUCCAAGAAGAACCCAUGGAGCGAUUGCAUCCACCUGUAUCCGAUAGAGGCCGUUCCUUCAAAAUCCCCAACCUGA